GACGUCAUCAGCGUUGGCGGUAAUUUGAAAAAGGAGCGUCUGUUGUUAUUUUCCGUGACUUGGAGAUACAUCUCUGACAUUUACAAAUUAUGGCCGAGUUGGAGGCAGGUGUGGCGGCGAAAGAGGCUCUGUCAGAGACCGCUCUCAAUGAGCUCAUGGAGCAGUGUGAGGAGCAGUUCAUCCAGCUGGAGAAGCUUCAGAAUGAGAUCAUACUGUCUGAACCAGAUGCAUGUGAGAAUCCUCAAGACCAGGCAGCAAAUAGACUGAUGGCAACGGAAGCUGAACUGAAGCAGUGGCUGAGAGUGGAGCCUAAAUUGCUGGCAUCAAAUUCAGAAGUUUUACUCGAAGCUGGAAAAGAAGAGAUGCUCAAACUGUGCUCAGAACUCGAGAUGGUUCUUUCUUGCCAGGAAGCAAAGAGAGACAAACUGAAAGAAACCAAAGAACUUGAACAGAAGUGGUUGGAGGAGAAGACACAAGUGCUGAUAGCUACCAAAAACCACAUUGAGCGAAUGCAAAUGGAAAAGGGGAAAGCAUCAGAGCACAGUAUAUUGCUGGACACCAAAGCUCAAAUCCAGAAGAUGAAUGUGUACCAGCAGAGGUUGAUGGAGUGUCUGUCGGAUGUUCUGGAGAAGCACGUCCCUCUGCCUCAGUACGAGUCCAGCACCAAGAAGAAGAAGAAGAGCUCCCAGGAGUUUGAUAAAGACAUGAUUUCCCUCAAUGAAAUUCUCGAGCUGCUCAUGAACAAGGCUCUGAACACACCACACGACCCCUAUAUGACGAUAGACAACACAUUCUGGCCCCCGUACAUAGAGCUGCUGCUCCGCUAUGGCAUCGCAGUGAGGCACCAAGAGAGUAACUUCAAGAUCCGCCUGGAAACAUUUUUUUGAGGCAGUGGUGCACGAGGCUUCUCAAGCACCACUCAUCUGCCAGUGUUUGAAAGCUUGAGGCUGCUUGCACAGUUCAAAGUGCUGUGUGUGUGUGUGUGUGUGUGUGUGUGUGUGUGUGUGUGUGUGUGUGUGUGUGUGUGUGUGUGUGUGUGUGUGUGUGUGUGUGUGUGUGU